UCCCGUUUUUCAAAAAACAGGCAAAAACCGCGAGCCAGCAAGAGGGAGAAAGACAGGGAAUUGGUUUCUCCGCCCGUGUCGGGAGCUGGGACAACACUCCACCGUUGCUUGAACACUCAGCCGACUACAGCUAUGGCCAAAGGCCAAGCUCCCGGUGGAGGAGAUCCGAGGAUCACCGUUGCAGCCUUGCCCAUUACCGGACUUGCGGCCGAUGAAGGAGAGGGAUCGAGUUCCGGAGCUUCGAGUUCUAAGAAAGAUCCGAGGACAAUAGCGAGAGGGUAUCAGUUGGAGCUGUGUAAGAAAGCUUUGGAGGAGAAUAUUAUUGUUUAUAUGGGGACCGGUUGUGGGAAGACCCACAUAGCUGUGUUGCUUAUACACGCGUUGGGUCAUUUGAUAAGGAAACCCCAGAAAAAUAUUUGUGUCUUUCUUGCUCCUACAGUGGCUCUAGUUCAACAGCAAGCUAGAGUUAUCGAAGAAUCUAUUGAUUUCAAAGUUGGAACCUAUUGUGGGAAUUCUAGGCGCUUGAGGACUCACCAUGAUUGGGAGAAAGAGUUUGAACAAUAUGAGGUUUUUGUUAUGACCCCUCAAAUCUUACUACGUGGUUUAUACCACUGCUUUAUCAGAAUGGAGCUAAUUGCCCUGUUGAUAUUUGAUGAGUGUCAUCAUGCACAAGUUCAAAGUAAUCAUCCUUAUGCGGAAAUCAUGAAAGUCUUCUACAAAACCAGCUCCACAAGACUACCCCGCAUAUUUGGCAUGACUGCAUCUCCAGUUGUAGGGAAAGGUGCUUCUGAUCAAGCAAAUUUACCAAAAUGCAUAAAUAGUCUUGAAAACUUACUUCAUGCUAAGGUUUAUUCUGUUGAAAACCAGCAAGAAUUGGAAAGAUUUGUGGCAUCUCCUAAAAUAAAUGUAUAUUGUUAUCAUCCUGACAUAAACAUGACAUCUAGCACUUGCAAAAAACUUGAGGAGAUAAAAAGCCAGUGUGUAUUAUCACUGAGAAGGAACGUCGAAGAUCACAAAAGUCUCCGAAGCACAAAAAAGCUGCUCCAGAGAAUGCAUGAUAAUUUGAUUUUUUCCAUGGAGAAUCUUGGCCUUUGGGGAGCAUUACAAGCUAGCCGCAUCCUUUUGAGUGGUGAUCACGCUGAGCGUAAUGAAUUAAUGGAGGCUGAGGGAAGUGCUAGUGAUGACCGUUUAUGUGAUAAAUAUCUAGAUCAAUCUGCUAAUGUUCUUGCUUCUGAAUGCAUUAAAGAUGGCAUUGGAUCUGAUAUAUCUUAUGUGGACGUUUUAAAGGAGCCAUUUUUCUCGAGGAAGCUCUUACGCCUUAUUGGAAUUCUUUCUACUUUUAGGCGACAGCCAAAUAUGAAAUGUAUAAUUUUUGUAAAUAGGAUUGUUACUGCAAGAUCACUGGCGUACAUACUUCAAAACCUUAAGUUUCUAUCGUAUUGGAAAUGUGAUUUCCUUGUGGGAGUCCAUUCUGGACUAAAGAGUAUGUCACGGAAAUCCAUGAACAUAAUCCUUGACAAGUUCCGCUCUAAUGAGUUAAAUCUAUUGGUGGCAACUAAAGUGGGUGAAGAAGGACUUGAUAUUCAGACAUGUUGCCUUGUGAUACGGUUUGAUCUCCCGGAGACUGUUGCUAGCUUUAUACAGUCUAGAGGGCGUGCACGUAUGCCUCAAUCUGAAUAUGCAUUUUUGGUUGACAGUGGCAAGCAAAAGGAGAUUGAUUUGAUAGAACAUUUCAAAAAAGAUGAAGAUCGAAUGAAUAUGGAAAUUUCAGUCAGAACAUCCAGUGAGGCAUUUACUGACCUUGAGGAAAGAAUAUAUAAAGUUGAUUCAUCUGGGGCCUCCAUUAGUUCUGUAUAUAGUAUUUCGUUGCUCCAUCAAUAUUGUUCAAAACUCUUGCAUGAUGAAUAUUUCAACCCCAAGCCAGAGUUCUAUUACUUUGAUGAUUCAGGAGGUACUGUCUGCCAAAUAAAUCUGCCUUCCAGUGCUCCAAUCCAUCAAAUUGUUAGCACACCACAAUCUUCAAUGGAGGCUGCUAAGAAAGAUGCCUGUCUGAAAGCAAUUCAAGAUUUGCAUGAACUGGGUGCCUUAAAUGACUAUCUCCUGCCAGAUCAAGGCAAUGCACAUGAGGAAUUAAUGCUGGUUUCUUCUGAUUCUGAUAGUUGUGAAGAUGAAGAUUCACGAGAAGAGCUUCAUGAAAUGCUAGUUCCUGCCGCACUUAAAGACUCCUGGAGUAACUUGGAGCAUAUUUGUCUUAACUCUUACUAUAUUAAAUUUACUCCUAUUCCAGAAGAUCGGAUCUAUAGAAAGUUCGGUCUUUUUGUCAAAGCACCUCUUCCUGCAGAGGCUGAGAGAAUGGUACUAGAUCUUCAUCUCUCUCAUGGUAGAUCUGUAAUGACUGAGCUUGUCCCUUCAGGAGUUACAGAAUUUGAUGAAAAUGAGAUUCUGCAGGCACAUAAUUUCCAAGAAAUGUAUCUUCAAGUCAUCCUUAAUCGGUCAAUCUUUGAAACUGAGAUUGUUCACUUGGGAAAGAGUGAUUUUUGUAAAUCAAGCUCAUCAACCUUCUACCUAUUGCUGCCUGUCAUUCUGAAUGAAUGUGAAAACAUGAUAACUGUAGAUUGGCAGAUUAUUAGAAGAUGUUUGUCGUCACCAAUUUUCAGGAACCCAGCAGAUAGAGUUGACAAACUUCCUCCUUUGAAUGACCAUUUGCGACUCGCUGAUGGUGUCUAUAGAGAAAGUGAUGUCAUUAAUAGUUUAGUAUAUGCUCCAUACAAGAAGGCAUUUUUCUUUGUUUCUCGCAUUUCUGCUGGAACGAAUGGAUACAGCCCAUACAAAGAUUCAAGUCAUUUAGAAUAUACGUGGAAAACGUUUGGUAUCCAUCUUGAAUUUCCUAAACAACCUCUUCUGUCAGCAAAACGCCUCUUUUCUUUGCGCAACUUGUUACACAACCGAAAGCAUGGGAGUUCAGAGUCACAUGAAUUGGAGGAGCACUUUAUGGAUAUACCUCCGGAGCUUUGUCAUUUAAAGAUUAUUGGCUUUUCAAAAGAUAUUGGGAGUUCAGUCUCUUUGCUACCAUCAAUUAUGCACCGUUUGGAAAACUUGCUUGUGGCUAUUGAACUGAAAAACAUGUUAUCUGCUUCAUUCCCAGAGGGAGCUGAAAUUACUGCUCAUCGCGUUCUAGAAGCACUCACAACAGAGAAGUGCUUGGAGCGCUUUUCUCUUGAAAGGCUGGAAGUACUUGGUGAUGCUUUCCUCAAAUUUGCAGUUGGCAGGCGCCUUUUUCUUUUGUAUGAUGCCCUUGAUGAAGGAGAACUAACUCGGAGACGUUCUAAUGUUGUAAACAAUUCCAAUUUAUUCAAGCUAGCAGUUAGAAGGAAUUUACAGGUUUAUAUCCGUGAUCAGUCAUUUGAUCCUGGCCAAUUCUUUGCACUUGGGCAUCGCUGUCCCAGAAUAUGUGAGAAGGAAACUGAAAUGGCCAUUCAUUCUCGGUGUGGUAAAACUCCUACAACUGAAGUCAGAUGCAGUAAAUGUCAUCAUUGGCUACACAAGAAAACCAUUGCAGAUGUGGUUGAGGCUCUGGUUGGUGCAUUCAUUGUUGACAGUGGCUUUAAAGCUGCAACUGUUUUCCUUAAAUGGAUUGGCAUACAAGUGGACUUUGAAGCCUUUCAAGUUAUUAAUGCUUGCAUUUCAAGCACAAGCUACAUGCAGCUUGCCUCUUCUACUGAUGUUCCUGCCCUUGAAAAAUUGUUAGGUCAUGAGUUUCUCCAUAAAGGUCUACUUCUACAGGCAAUUGUACAUCCUUCUUAUAACAAGCAUGGAGGGGGCUGCUAUCAGAGGCUGGAGUUUCUUGGAGAUGCUGUCUUGGAUUAUUUAAUCACGUCAUACCUUUAUUCUGUUUAUCCAAAGCUGAAGCCUGGCCAGAUGACAGAUUUGAGAUCAUUGUCUGUGAACAAUAAGUCAUUUGCAAAUGUUGCAGUGAGUCGAUCCUUACAUGAAUUUCUUAUAUGCGAUGCCAGUAGCCUCUCUGAGGCAAUAAAGAAGUAUGUGGACUUUAUUAGAACUCCUACCUUAGAUAAGGAUCUGCAUGAAGGGCCAAAGUGUCCAAAGGCUCUUGGUGAUUUGGUGGAAUCUUGUAUGGGCGCCAUUCUUUUGGACAAGGGUUUUGAUUUGAACCAUGCUUGGAACAUAAUGCUCUCCAUUUUGGAUCGUAUCAUGACCUUUUCCGAUUUGCAACUCAAUCCUAUUCGGGAGCUACAGGAACUUUGUCAACAUCAUAACUGGGAUCUGCAGUUUCCAACCUCAAAGCAGGGUGGAACCUUUUUAGUUGAAGCAAAAGUGAGUGGAGAUGAUAUUUGUACAACUGCUUCUGCAACAAAUGCCAAUAGAAAAGAUGCUAGAAGAAUAGCUUCACAUCAAUUAUUCAAAAAAUUAAAGGAUCAAGGGUAUAUGCUCCAUUCUGAAUCAUUAGAGGAAGUUUUAAAGUCAAGCAGCAAGAUGGAAGCCAAACUGAUUGGAUAUGAUGAAAAACCCAUUGAUGUUGCUUUUGAUUCCUUUGAAUUUGAGAAGUUGAAGAUGCAGGAACAUUCUAACAGUGAUUGCAACCGCAAAAUCCAGCCUAUGAAGAUGAAGCCCAAGAAUGUUUGUAGCCCCUGCAUCAAGCCUGUCAGUGAUCUGCCCCAAUUCCAAAUUAAAGCUUCUGAACAGCAACCUCAUGAGAUAGUGCAAGGUAAUAGCUUUGACUCAGGCUCACAGACAACAGGUGGUGUGCAAAAAGUAUCAACAAAAGCACGCAUGUAUGAAAUUUGUGCUGCUAACUAUUGGAAACCCCCUUCAUUUGAAUGUUGCAAAGAGGAAGGGCCAAGCCACUUAAAGUUAUUCACUGUCAAACUGACCAUGAAAAUAGAAGACGGGUCUGGUUUACUUUUGGAGUGCUAUGGAUAUCCUAAGUCAACCAAGAAAGCUGCAGCAGAUUCUGCAGCAGAAGGUGCUAUUGCUUACCUAAAGCAGGAAGGAUACUUCUUGCCUAAUUCUGAGUAAUAUAUUUAUAGCCUUCUCUGCUAUAGGCUUCCCUUAAAACAUGGUUCCAUACUCAUUGUAACUAGUCUGGACUGGUCUUAUGUAUCAUCAUCUGUAUACAAGGAACAAAAUGUAUCAUCAUUGCAUACAAGGAACAAAUGCGAAAAAUCAGCUGUAUGUAAACAAUGCUCACAUACUGCUGCAGUGACUGUGCCAUGACAGUCCUGGGCACCAUCAAACUGUCAUAACAUUACUCCAAAUUUCGAUGCUCAGUUAAUUUAUUUUAAAUAAAGAGCAAGAGAAGCAUUCAUGUUUUCUGUUUGCCAAUUGCAUUAA